AUGGUUAGGUCGUUCCGCAAGAAGGCACUUUCGCUGCAUCCAGACAAGGGCGGCGAUCCCGAGAAGUUCAAAGAAGUCACGGGUGCUUACGAAGUCUUGUCGGACCCGUCCCGUCGUGAGGCGUACGACCGCUACGGCAUGGAUGGCCUCUCUGAAGGCGGCAUGGGUGGCGGCAUGGAUCCCCAGGAUCUUUUCUCGCAGCUGUUUGGCGGCGGUGGUGGCUUUUUCGGCGGCGGUGGCCGUCCGUCUGGCCCCAAGAAGGGCAAGGACCUUGUGCACCGUGUCAAGGCCACCCUUGAAGACUUAUACAAAGGCAAGAUUUCCAAGCUUGCGCUCCAGAAGCACGUCAUUUGCAAAUCCUGCCAGGGUCGCGGAGGCAAAGACGGCGCUGUCAGGACGUGUAACAGCUGCCAUGGCCAGGGUGUGCGGAUUGCACUUCGCCAGAUUGGGCCCAUGGUCCAGCAAACACAGCAGCCAUGCACCGACUGUAACGGUACCGGUGAGAUUAUCAACGAGAGAGACCGCUGCAAAGAGUGCAGGGGAAAGAAAGUCAAUCAGGAGCGCAAGGUGCUUGAAGUGCGUAUCGACAAAGGCAUGGAAGACGGCCAGCAGAUUACCUUCAAGGAGGAAGCCGACCAGGCACCGAACACAAUUCCCGGCGAUGUGAUCAUCGUCGUGGACGAGCAGCCGGACCCGCGCUUUAAGCGCAAGGUGAACGACUUGUUUGUCGAUGCAGAGGUUGACCUCCUCACCGCACUUGCGGGUGGAAAGAUUGUCAUUGAGCACUUUGACAACCACGCACUCUCUGUCGAGGUUCCUGCGGGCGAUAUCAUCAAGCCCGGUGAUAUGAAGGUGUUACGUGGUCAGGGCAUGCCCUCCUAUCGGCACCACGAGAUGGGCGAUCUCUACGUCAACCUCAAGGUCAAGUUCCCCGAGUCGCUCUCCGCCGACCAGCUCGAGGCGCUCGAAAAGGCACUCCCACCGCGCUCGCUGCCCAAGUCGCUGCCCAACGACUUUGAUGUCGAGGACGUGGUCAUGGACACGAUUGAUGACGGCGAGGCGCAUCGUGCGCGUACGAAGCCGUCCACGACGGCGGAAAUGGAUGAAGACGAAGCGGGCGGUGGACCCCAGGUGCAGUGCGCCCAGGGUUGA